CAGGGUUGUCGAGCCAAUCAUGGCAUCCUCGUGGUCUGCACCAGUGGUGGAGCAUCAACAAGCACUGGAUCCGUUAUAGGUCAUGAGUCUGGCGCUGGCCUUCAAUCAACUUCUGGUUCUGGAUACCGGUCUGUGGAGUCUGCUGGCAACCCGAAUAUUAGGUCCAGCUCUAUGGUUUCGUCGGCUACGGCUUCUGCAUCUACAGGGAAUGAUCCUAUUUCCUCUGCUUCUCUACUUAAUUCUCCCUCUCGCACUUCACUCCCAACCACUGGUGCAACACCUGCUCCAAAAAAAAAAUAUUUCUACGAGGUUAUAGUUCGAGAGCUGUUGCCUGGACCCUUAAAUGAUCCCGAAUCCGCACCUGGUCUUCGCGUCGGUUGGGCUGGGGAAACAGCUUGUCUUUCACCACUUGGAGCCGAUCGUGCUGGGUUUGCUUGCUACUUCAGCACCAUUCAUCCCACCUCGCCAGCUGCUUCUGUCUUGACAGUUGACUACGCCUUUUCUCAAGCCUCUACCAUCGUAGGCCUCUGUCCAGAUUCCAUCACAAGCGGAAUGGCUGCCAGUGGGGCCGGACAGGUGAUCUCGGGUUUAAGUCGAAGCGGGUCACCAGCCUGUUCUGGAAGCUGUCCGGCCAGCGGCAGUGCCAGUGGCAGCGGUGGUGGAUGCAGUGAAAGUAGGAGUGAAGGCGGAAGUGGGGGCGCUCGUGGACGACAUGGUGACCAACACUCAUGGAAUCGCCAGAUAGCACCACUGCAUGCUUCUGAAGUGGCUCUGCCUUUUCAUCCUCAUUUGCAAGCUACGGUUGCGGCUGCGGCAUCGGCAUCUGCUGCGAUAUCGACGGUCGCAACCUCGCCAGUAGAGACUCAAAUGACUGGCUUGGCGAGAAGACAUGGCCAAGUAGCGAGACCCUCUGGCCGAAGCCGAAGUGAUCGCGAAAAGGUGCUCGUGAGCGGAAGCGGUUUUUCUGGUCCACUUUGGUCCACUUGUGGUGGUACAAUUAGUGCCGGUACUAGUGUAGGAUCUAGCGCCUUAAGUGGUAUCGGCGCAUUUGGGCAUCCUAGUAGUGCUUCUGGGAUCGGAGGAAGUUCGUCGAAUGGGCCGACAUCUGUCACUGCUCCAGCAGCAUCUCAGCGACCUCAUGGACCCAUGGUUUUGGGCGGCAAUUCAAAAAUAGUUCACGCCGGUGGCCAAAUCAUCUACGGAGAGUCUCGCUCUCGUCCUAUCACAACUUCUGACAUGUUUAUAUUUCACAAGGGAUGUGCCCUUUUGGCGAAUUUACCGUGGUGUCGCCACACAUGCUGUUUGCCUUGCUCCCCUCCUUUUCGAGUGGCUGAUCCUGCUCUAGUCUCCUGUUCGGAUCUGCCUCAUGGGCCCGUAGGUCCGUUUCUCAUCUUUCUGGUAUGUGAGCUUGACACGUUAACCACUCGGCUACAUUGCCACGAGUUCUCUCGGGUCACAGGGCCGAUGUGA